CUUGAGAAAGGUGUUGAUGAAUACAGCGUAAGCAACACAAGCUUCACACAACAUUACAACAGAUUCAACUCAGCCUUGACGGUACAUCAGCAAGGGUUAAUAUUUAGGAGAAGUCGAAAUUUGUUAUGGCAACAGCACGAUCUAAUGAUCUAUAAUGCAAAUUGAAAGAUUAAGAUUAAGUGAGAAAUCAUGAAGUGGAACAAUGUAACGAAGCCAUUCAAGAAGCUAUUAACAUCCAAUGGAGGAUCUACAGCUGGGCGUAAUUCUGCGGGGCGUAUUACAAUUUACCAUCGAGGGGGUGGGGCGAAGCGAUUGCAGCGAAAAAUCGAUUUGAAGAGGGGUACUUCUUCAAUGGGUGUGGUAGAGCGGAUUGAGUAUGAUCCUAAUCGCUCCUCUAGGCUUGCUUUAGUGAGAUGGAUUGAGGGGGUCCAUCCAGCCAAUCAAAGGAAUGGUGAUAAAGACUUCACUCCUCCGAAAAAGGUUAUUGAACCUAUCACAACAACGGUAGCUGGUCAGUUUCCGUUAGCGUGCCUGGCUCCUGGACUGUUACGCGGUAAUGGAGGCAAUAAGGAGGAUGGGAGGAAAAUAAGUAGUGUGAAGGAUGUGUUUGUUUCUGCCUUUGCAUCUACGCGUGCAAAGGGAGAGUCUCUAACUAAUAUCCCACGAGCAGCUGUAGCCGGGGCAAAGCCAGCUGUCUUUUCUCGUAAGAUGGGAGAGGCAGUUGGUGAAGGUGAGAAGGAGUUUUCAGUUUUUGAUGUCCAAAGGUGGAGGAAAGACAGUAGUCUUUGGGAUCAUAAGCUCAAGCGUAAAGCAGCUGUACCUUGGUUGAGUUUUGUCAAUGAGGAGCCUGUGGGGCUUGCCAAAGCAGCUCAGAAUGAUAAUUCUUCUGGGAAGUCGUCCAAGAAUGUGCACAUGGUUGAUCGUGCACCACUCACAUAUAUAUUAGCAAGUGACAAACUGGAAGAAGGGAAGAUUGUGAUGAACUAUGAUUGGUCCACGCGUCUUAACCGCAGCUGAAGUUUCCAAAAAUUCGUACAAGAAGGUGGAAUGAAUAAGUGGUUCAGAGAUGGAAAAGCAUGGAGUUUAAGGUGAUGUAGGUGUCGCAAUCAGCUUUCAUGAGGCCAAAACUUAUACAAUACCAUCAUGCUACCGCUGAACGUGGAUGCUGUCUGACUAUGUUCAGAUUUUUGUAUUAUGAAUACCAAUUAGACCUAAAGUAUUGCAACUUGUUAUUUUAAGUAGCACACUUUCCUUGUUCAACUUGCCGCCUCAGGAAUUUUUGUAUUGUUUUGUCACAUGUAAUGGGUUUACAUUCCGGAGGCAUUUGAUGUGUGUUAAUAGUGAUUACUGAUUAAUAAUAGUCAUCACUCAUUAGGCUCCAAUAUACUGUUGUGAUGUGAUUCUUAUUUUUGGAAAGUUACAAGGCUUUGCUUA